CUCCAUUAAGUCCCUUCUUCUUCUCAUUACACAGUCCACAUUAAACUUGUGUUAUCCCCUCAAUUCUCAUCACUUGUGCAAAAAUGGCAGCUAUUCUUGUAUCUCCUUCACCUCCAUUGUCAUCUUUCUCCUCAAUAUCUAACUACAAAACCAGAGAAUUUCAUCACCUUGGAACAACAACAACAACCACAACAAUGAUUUCAAAACCCAAAAGAGCAGUAUUAGUAAGAUUAUCAGUUUCUGAACAACUUCUACUCUCCUCCCAAUUAGCAUCAGAAUUAGCUCAUAAUCUUCAUGAAAAUCCUUCUUCUCUUUUUUUAAUGGCAGAAACUGAAACUGUUGGCUAUUCUGUUGCUAGUUACUAUACUUCUUUGGGUCUUUUUGUCAUAUCUGUUCCUGGCCUCUGGUCUCUCAUUAAACGCUCUGUCAAAUCUAAGAUUGUGCAAAAGACAUUUGUGCAAGGAGAUGAAAUAAAGAAGGCCCCAAAUCAGGUUGCAGGGGAAAUCUUAUCUUUCUUCACUCGUAACAAUUUUGUGGUAUCUGAUAAAGGAGAAACAAUUACUUUUGAAGGAAUGAUGGUACCAAAUAGAGGGCAAGCAGCAUUGUUGAUAUUCUGCACCUGCAUAAGCCUAGCAAGUGUUGCUCUUGUGCUCACAAUUACGUUUCCUGAUGUGGGCAACAAUUGGUUUUGGAUCACUGCCCUUAGUCCUUUGUCGGGAGCAUAUUACUGGAAACUAGCGACGAGAAAGGAACAAAUCAAGAUCAAAAUGAUUGUUGGAGAAAAUGGAGCACUGUCUGACAUUGUAGUUCAAGGAGAUGAUCAGCAAGUAGAGCAAAUGAGGAAGGAACUACAGCUAAAUGAAAAGGGAAUGGUAUAUGUUAAGGGUAUUUUAGAAAGAUGAUGACAUACUACAAAGAAUCAAAUGGCAUCCUCACACAUUCUUUUUACACUCUUUAUGUAAAAUUCUUGUUCCUUGUAUUUUUCUGGAGAGAGUUUUUGCUGCAAACGGAUCGGUUGUUGAGAUGUAAAUACAUAGCCACAUGCUUUAUAUUCCAAAGUAUCCUUCCCAUCAGAA